GCGUGGGGCUGAAACGCCCCAGCCCGGGGCUGGCUCCGGGCCGGCGUCUCCGCCCCAUCGCCGGGUAGUGGGGCGGGGGGGGGUAAAAGCUUCCCCGUCGCACGGGCUGCCCCAAACCCUCGGCUCUUCGGCCAGCACGGUCGGGGCGGCCACGCUGCAAAAGCAAACCGCGCCGAGCUCAGAGCCGGGCCGGCGCCUGGGGGCUCCCUCCGUGGGCUGGAAACAGCAGCGCGCCGGUCCCCUGGGGCUGGAGCCCCGGCGAGCGGGUGGGUCUCCGAGCCAGGGCUCCAGCCCGAGCUGGGACUGUCUACACGGCUACUUGUAGCCCUGCGGCGUGAGCCCAGUCACUUGACCUUGGCUCGGAAAUUCGCUGCCACAGGAUUUUAGAUUUUUUAGUUAUUUUUUUAGCAGUGUAGAUGUACCCUUUGAGAGGCAAAGUUCAGUCCAGCCUGCUCUUCCUCCUUGCUGUGAACCCCAGGAACUAAAGGGCUGUGGUAGGAAUGCUGAGAUGAGCCCCUGCCUCCAGCGCUAUAUUCAUCCUCACUAAAAUGGUAGUUAUCUCUUCCCCUAAGGAACAGUUCCCGUAGCUCAUUCCAGUUUAAGCUUCCUGUCCUGCACCUGCUCACUCUCUGGGAUGAGCAAGAAUGGGUUGGGUGUUUAAAUUUAAAACUAAAUGACCCAUUUUAGUCCCCUUUUCAACAUGAAUGUAACUGAUCUGAAAUGCAAAUGCCACGCUGCCCCAAAAGGUGCUGCAGGGUUUCCGAGCAGAGUGGAGCUAGAGCAGGGGCAAUACGACAUGGAGGGAGAGAUGUGCAUGGUGUACCUGUGAAUAAAUCUCUCUUCAGUCAGGUGGAAUUAGCUUCUGGAUUAGACCCUGAAAUCUCUGCCCUUUAGACACUCAGCUGUAGGUACUGCUGUAUGCAGACACCACCUCAGCUGAGGCAGGCUAAGCUGGGGCUUGUUUGAUGUGGGGUUAAAGUGCUAGGGGUGAGCAGUUUGCUCCUAAAACCCUGACUGCAUGUUCAUUUCCAGUAACUAGUGAGACAUAGCUGCCUCAGGAUGCUGUAACCCACUUCACAUGUUAUGCUGCCUAAGGUGAAGGGGGUUUGCAGAUGAGCUGCGCCAACUAUUGUCUCCAUGGUGCUGGGAAUAUCACUCAGAAGCCCAGGUGCCACUCUCCUCCUGUUCUGAUUCAGAUCUGACAACUGGGGAUUGUGGCACCCCCAUUCUUGACCUUUCCACUGGGAGGAAUUUGGAUUAGGGUAGACUUGUGCCUGGUGCCAGUUGUGGUUUGCAGCCUGCUGUAUGGUGUUGGGUGAAAUUCCUUAGGUGGGCACAGGAUAACCCAGUCUGUCCUUCUGCUGUCUCCUGAAACAUCAGCAUGCUGCUUCAGAGCUUCUGCUCUUUGCUUUCACGGGGAGGAUGGCAGCAGGAUUGCAGUGCACACACAGAAGCCAGAAGGUCACUGGGCAGAACUUUGAAAUGGAGUCUUACCCAGCUGUUCCCCCAAUCUGGUCUGUGGAGUCGGAUGAUCCAAACCUGGCAGCUAUCCUGGAGAGGCUGGUGGAAGUCAAGAAAGGAAAUACAUUGCUUUUACAGCACCUGAAGCGGAUAAUCUCCGACCUGUGCAAACUCUACAACCUUCCCCAGCACCCAGAUGUCGAGAUGUUGGACCAGCCUCUGCCAGCAGAACAGAGCACCCAGGAAGAGGGGUCCUCGGAGGAUGAAGAUGAGGAGAUGCCAGAGGACACUGAGGACUUGGAUCACUAUGAGAUGAAAGAGGAGGAGCCAGUCGACGGGAAGAAGACUGAGGAUGACGGCAUCGGGAAGGAAAACCUGGCCAUCUUAGAGAAAAUCAAACAGAACCAGAGGCAAGAUUACUUAAAUGGCGCAGUGUCUGGCUCUGUGCAGGCCACUGACCGGCUAAUGAAGGAGCUCAGGGAUAUUUACCGAUCACCAAGUUUCAAGGGCGGAAACUAUGCAGUUGAACUAGUGAGCGACAGCCUGUACGAUUGGAACGUCAAACUCCUGAAGGUUGACGAGGAUAGCGCUUUGCACAAUGAUCUCCAGAUCCUCAAAGAGAAAGAAGGGAUGGACUUCAUCCUCCUAAACUUCUCCUUUAAAGAUAACUUCCCUUUCGACCCACCGUUUGUGAGGGUUGUGUCCCCUGUGCUCUCGGGGGGGUAUGUUCUGGGGGGAGGUGCCAUCUGCAUGGAGCUGCUUACAAAGCAGGGCUGGAGCAGUGCCUAUUCUAUUGAAUCAGUGAUAAUGCAGAUCAGUGCCACGCUGGUGAAAGGGAAAGCAAGGGUGCAGUUUGGAGCCAAUAAAAAUCAGUACAGCCUGACGCGAGCUCAGCAGUCCUACAAGUCCCUGGUUCAGAUCCACGAGAAGAACGGCUGGUACACACCACCCAAGGAAGAUGGCUAGCACUGACAGCUGGCUGGGCUCUGCAGGAUCACUUGGUUACUUUUGAACGCUGUACUUGGCCCGUAAGAUGCCCCUGUGGCUCCCUCCUGGGAUGUGAUCGGUCUGCCUGUUUGCAGGACAGUAAUGGCUGUCAUAAACUCGAAGGGGAAAACUGCGUAAUCAGUCGGACUGACAUGAAACUCUUGCUGGACCUUUGCUAGCAGGCAUCCUUAUUAAAACAAAACUCUUGAGCCUCUUGUAUCGCUGGAAACUUUCGACUCCGCUCCGGUCUAGAGCACCCUCCUCACCUAUGCUAUGGAUUUAAUUUAUUUUCUUAUUUCAUGUACACUGCUUUUUUUGGUUACAGUGUAUGAUGGAUGUGUAUGGAAAAUGUAUCUUUGAAGAAAAAUUACAGUUUGUUAAUUUGAA